CUGUAAGACUUAAUGUCUAAACCAGACUAACUCUUUGGCUGUCCAAGCGCAACACGCACUUUCGGCAAGUCAACACGAAAUCCGACCAUGACAAGCAACACAGCGGCAAUACUACUAUAGCUGGUACCGUCGGAGGAAGUCAAUCAGAUGAUCCAGGUCCUUCUUUGCUGAUUGCUGGUUCUAAAGCUAUCAUAUCGUUCCACAGAGACAGCCAGAGAUUCUUUCUUAGUUUUCCUUCUGUCUCCGCAGAUUUGGAAGGAAACGACCACGAUGACAGCUGCACUCCGUCGCUGGUUGGCAGUACUGCUUCUACUAGUUAUUUCCCAUCCUUCCUGUGCUACGGUUGUCGGAGCCAUUGGACGUGGAGGCUCUCUCCAGUCUCGGCGGUGGGAGCGAAUGGACGGCAAGGCACUUGGAGGAGGAGGAGGUUCCCUGCAGACGACUUUGCAGUCCGCGGCCGGUGGUCGAGCCUGUAGCUGGUUUGUUUGGGAUGGCCCAUCGGCGUUGCUUCAUCGAUGGUGUCAUCAUUUGCUCAAGGAUUGCGUCUACGAGGGACUGGGUGGAAAAAAGUUUGUCCGCAUUGAACCUGGUUCUGUGCUACAGCUUUUGUAUCCUUGCUCUCGAUACAGCUCGGACCGUUGCAUGAUUUGUGGUGGUACCUAUCGAGAUCAUUUGACCCUGUGGUGGGCCAAGCAACUCUACACACCCCUGGACCAAUACUUGGAUAAGACCUAUCAGCGGGCAGUUGUCUUGGAAACACACAGCAGCAGCAGCAGUAGCCAUAGCCACAAAAGGUCAUCACCACGCCGAACAAGGCCAUCCGGUAGCACCUUGGGGGGGAGGAGAAGAAGAAGCACUGUCGGCAAACCAAAACCUGCUCCCACAACAAUCAGCCCCACCAAAGUGUUUGCCUUUCACAGACAUUACGUUACCGACGUCAAUACGUUGACCGAAGGAAUCAAAAACAAGAAAGAGCGCCGUCAAAAGCUACGCAAAGAGCUCACCAAAAUGAGCCACAAAGCGGGACCCAUGGAGGUACGAAUAUUGGCCGAGAACAAGGUGACCUAUGUGGUCCCGUCUCCACUGGAUCAGAGCCCCAGCACAAACAAACACAACGACAAGCCGAGCUCCGCUUCUGCCACAGACGAUGACAACAAGCAACGAAAAUCUGCCCUCUGGAUGUUCUCACGCUCACUCGUCUUGGGGGCCAUGGAUCGAAUGAUCAUGAUGCAAGAGAUGGAAAACGACAAAAUACGACUAAAGGAACAAACCCAAAGAUGUUGUCCUUAGCUGUUCUAAAGGUAACUCAAUAACUACAUGCUGAUACAUGCGAUUAUGAAAUCACAGUAUCCAUAUUCCAGGAUUCGAAAGCAAAAGGGGCCAUGCGCACUAGCUAGCUAAGAACAUUAGCAGCAAAGCCAGAACAGCAUCAACAACAAAGCUCCACUGCUUUCAUCCAGCUGGCCAGGAUAGUGCAAUUUGGUUCAUUGCUGACUGGAGAGGCAUUCUUCGGAAUGCGACCGUAGCUGUGGACUCGGCCGCUAGCUAGCUAGUACUGUAGGAUAAGAUCAUACUGUAGUUCAUCUGACUUUUUAUA